UCUGAGCCUGUAGGGAGACGUUCUUUGCUUUAGAAGUGUGGCAGCAAAGUUUUGUGCUAGUUUGUGCCAUCUUGACUGCACUUUUCUCACACUCCAGUGCCUCUAAAGGUGAAGGGUACAGGAAGCAGUCCUGCAGCACUGGUGUUAAUUGGUAUUUAUGCAUGCGUGAAAAGUUUAACAGUCCAAGUCAUUUAUUUAUGUGCUUUGCCCUAUUUGUGCAAGUGUCUUUCUGGGAGAUGUGUGGAAAGGACACAGCGUGCGCUCGUGUCUGCGUGACAGUACUGCACAGGGGAGCUACUGCAGAUGGAAACGUGCAGGGGAUCUGGUGCAAGUCACAAAACUGAGCUCUCUCUCAAACUCUACUGAAAAACUUGAGAUUGUUUUAGUAAAGCCUAAUAAUACAACUCUAAAGAAUGUCUCCUUCCUGGAUUGGAUAUACAGUAGAUAAAAGGCUUAGUAAAAUGCAUAAAGUCUGGCUGUGCCUUAUUUUUUCCUGUUCUCUCAUGUAGUGAAGUACCCCCCCAACCCCCCCGGUGCUAUAAAUCAAGAUGACCUUCCUUCUUUUUAUCCUCCUGGUCCUCUCCGAGAGCCGAGCUGACAGCUUUGAAGAGGCAUACAGUGACCUGGAACACUACAGGACUAUAUACAUCUCAGAAAAUGGCCCCAGACUCUCAGUUGACACAGCACAGCCCAAAGUAAUCUCUCAACGUGGUGGCAAUGCCACACUGCAAUGCAAGUUCAACCGGGAUCCCUCAUCUCCCCCAAAUCCCAAACUGAGGAUUAAAUGGACUAAACUCACUUCAGACUAUCUGAAGGAAAUUGAUGUGUUCGUAGCUAUGGGUUUCCACAAAAAGAGCUAUGGUCGAUUCCACGGCCGUGUACACCUGCAGGAUGCAGGCAAGAAUGAUGCUUCACUAGUUAUCACUGACAUCACUCUGGAGGAUUAUGGGAAAUACAAGUGUGAAAUCAUCGAUGGCUUGGAGGAUGAUACAGCUGUUGUCUCGCUUGACCUGCAAGGCAUCGUUUUCCCAUUUUUUCCUCGACUGGGUCGUUACAACCUGAACUUUGCUGAUGCUGAGAAAGCUUGCAGAGACCAGGAUGCCAUUGUGGCAUCUUUCGACCAGCUGUACGAUGCAUGGAGAGACGGGUUAGAUUGGUGCAAUGCAGGGUGGCUCAGUGACGGAUCGGUGCAAUACCCAAUCACCAAACCUAGAGAGCCAUGUGGAGGCAAAAACACCAUUCCUGGCGUAAGGAAUUAUGGGAUGCGUGACAAGCAAAAGGAAAGAUAUGAUGUCUUCUGUUUCACCUCUAACUUCAAGGGACGUUUCUAUUAUCUGAUACACCCCGUCAAACUUAGGUAUGAUGAGGCAGUGCAGGCAUGUCAAAAAGACGGUGCUCAGAUCGCCAAAGUGGGGCAGAUGUAUGCAGCGUGGAAGCUGCUAGGCUACGACCGCUGUGACGCAGGCUGGCUGGCGGAUGGCAGCGUACGCUACCCAAUCUCAAGACCGCGCAGACACUGCAGUCCCACGGAGGCCGCCGUCCGCUUCUCUGGAUUCCCAGACAAGAAACACAAACUCUACGGCGUCUAUUGCUACAAGAGAGACAACUGAGCGUACCAACUGUAUAACUCACGAACUAAGCGUAAUAAUGUAAGGAGUUAGUUCGAGUGCAUUAAAACUGUGACAAAGUCUCUAGAUACUGUAAUACGGAAGAAUUUAAAUAUAAAAUAAGUGAUCGGUGGUUGUUUAAAGCAAAGAUUCUGUAGGAUUAGGCACCUCAGCCUUCCCGCAAAAUCAGGACUUCGCUACAAGACGGCAACAGGACAGGAAUAGUAUUCAUUGGGUGCCGCAGAAAUUAUAGCUACUGGUUCCAGGUCUGAAUGAUCUUAUGCAGUAUAGUAGUGCUGAAGGAAGAGAUAUUUGGUGAGAUUGCUGAAGAAAUUCGCAUUGUGCUCUUCCAUUUAGCAUGCAGUAGCCUGAGGGAUGUUCUAGAACAGAAUGACAGCAAAGCUUAAAUACUUUGAACUGAUACCUUUGGGCACUUAGUUUAUCAUUCAAGAACAUCAUAUCCCAUAUACACAGCAUGUGAAAAAAAUGUUUUCUGUUAACAGGAAAACAAAUUCAAUGAAAGUGCUAAACACCAUACAGUACAGCCAAGGCACAAUGAACAUAUUUUUUUCUUUUGCCAUCCUUAAAUGUAGUUUUAUGUGUGGACCAAACCAUGUUGAGUCAUAAUUCGCAUUGUUAAGAAACAAAACUUUGUUUUGUGAUUUUUUUAAGCUUUUGAAAUAUACAAGUAGAGUGUUUAUAAAUGUAUGUUAAUUAUCUUUUUCUUGAAACUAUGUGUUUAUACAACGUCUCUCCCCUACGACGCAAUGUAAGAAAUUAAGAGCUCCACUGUAUCGACCUCAUCACUGUCAAACGUUCUUUGUGUUCAGGACAAUGAAGAAAUCUGUGGUUCAUACCACAGACAUAAUAACAAAACCAUUGUGUUUCAAAAGUAAAUCUUGGUUUGUUUUCUAGAACCUGUUUUAAGUAUUUAUGAUCAAUUCAUGAAACCACAGAAAACCUAUCCUCAAACAUAGCUCAUAGCAAUGGUGCCAAAUAUUAAAACAAAUGUUAGUACAUAUUAGUUUACUAAAAGAAGUUGUGCGACUGCCCAGUUUCUAGAAAAUUUAGUCCAUGCAUGUUACUGUUUACAAAUAGCAAGACUAAAGUGAUUUAAAAGACAACAGUGCUAAUGAUCACCUUGUGUUACUUAGUAAAAGAAAAAAACAGCACAAUGAACUUAAUUUUCUAUUGUUGAGAAAAAAAAAGACCUUGCAGGAAAAGGUUUUCCUCAAAGAUGAUGCAAAAAAUAAUGGCACAACUAAAAAGUGCGUAGUUAGCAUGUUGCAUUCAGUCGUCUAUGAAGCAGUAGACCUUCAGUAAAACUAGUCAAAGCCAUGGCAUUUGGAAAUAAACCAAUAAAACAGACUGCCAAGCUGAGACAAAAACAACUUGACGUUUUAUUCAUAUUAUUACCAUUAGGGUCAAUUUAGAACUCAAGGUCGUGUGUUUUAGCCGCUACACUAAAUGACCAGCUCCAUGGGAGAAAAACAAGAAAAAAAAAAAGUUUGAAUUGAAGUUGAAAAAAUAUUGGUGUUUUUUGAAAAUACUGUAUUCACAUUCAUUUCAUUAUUCAUGUUUUGACUCUGGCAACUGUACGUGUGCCUUGUUUACAAAACUUCAAAAUCAGUUUUAGAACUGAAUGUUUAGACAUGUCUUUAUAGGCAAUGUUAACAUUUUUCACUUUUGUUUCAUGUAUGUAAAGUAUAAUUAAAAGGAUUAUUUGACUGUAUCAAUGUGGAAAAAAAAACCCUUUACUCAAAAAUAAACUACCAGUCAAAUACA